GACGAUCACAGUGACGGCUACAGAGCCUCCGGGUCGGGGCGGCGGCGGUUCGGCUUCACUUGAGCCGCCUGCUAGCCCCGCACCCCACCCCACCCCACCCCCACGGGCGGGGGACGGGCCUGGCGCGAUUGGGUGGGCCCGGGAGCGGAGUUGUAGGAUCCAAGGACCCCUUUUGUUCUUUCUCCAUAUAUCUUAAUAAGAGGCAUUAUGGCCCCUAAAGACAUAAUGACAAACACUCAUGCUAAAUCCAUCCUCAAUUCAAUGAACUCCCUCAGGAAAAGCAACACCCUCUGUGAUGUGACAUUGAGAGUAGAGCAAAAAGACUUCCCUGCCCAUCGGAUUGUGCUGGCUGCCUGUAGCGAUUACUUCUGUGCCAUGUUCACUAGUGAGCUUUCUGAGAAGGGGAAACCUUACGUUGAUAUCCAAGGUUUAACUGCUUCUACCAUGGAAAUCCUACUGGACUUUGUGUAUACAGAAACAGUACAUGUGACAGUGGAGAAUGUACAAGAACUGCUCCCAGCAGCUUGUCUGCUUCAACUGAAAGGUGUGAAGCAAGCCUGCUGUGAGUUCUUAGAAAGUCAGUUGGACCCUUCUAAUUGCCUGGGUAUCAGAGAUUUUGCUGAAACUCACAAUUGUGUUGACCUGAUGCAAGCAGCUGAGGUCUUUAGCCAGAAGCAUUUCCCUGAAGUGGUACAGCAUGAAGAAUUCAUUCUUCUAAGUCAAGGAGAGGUGGAAAAGCUAAUCAAGUGUGAUGAAAUCCAGGUAGAUUCUGAAGAGCCAGUCUUUGAGGCCGUCAUCAACUGGGUGAAGCAUGCCAAGAAGGAGCGAGAGGAGUCUUUGCCUGAUCUGCUACAGUAUGUUAGGAUGCCCCUGCUGACUCCCAGGUAUAUCACAGAUGUAAUAGAUGCUGAGCCUUUCAUCCGCUGUAGUUUACAGUGCAGAGACCUAGUUGAUGAAGCAAAGAAGUUUCAUUUGAGGCCUGAACUUCGGAGUCAAAUGCAGGGACCCAGGACAAGGGCUCGCCUAGGAGCCAAUGAAGUGCUUCUGGUGGUCGGAGGCUUCGGAAGCCAGCAGUCUCCCAUCGAUGUGGUAGAGAAAUAUGACCCCAAGACUCAAGAGUGGAGCUUUUUGCCAAGCAUCACUCGUAAGAGACGUUAUGUGGCCUCAGUCUCCCUACAUGACCGGAUCUACGUAAUUGGUGGCUAUGAUGGCCGUUCCCGCCUCAGUUCAGUGGAAUGUCUAGACUACACAACAGAUGAGGAUGGGGUCUGGUAUUCUGUGGCUCCUAUGAAUGUCCGACGAGGCCUUGCUGGAGCUACCACCCUAGGAGGAGGAUACGAUGGCUUGAAUAUCUUAAAUUCAGUUGAGAAAUACGAUCCUCAUACAGGACACUGGACUAAUGUUACACCAAUGGCCACCAAGCGCUCUGGUGCAGGAGUAGCCCUGCUGAAUGACCAUAUUUAUGUGGUAGGGGGAUUUGAUGGUACAGCCCACCUUUCUUCCGUUGAGGCAUACAACAUUCGCACUGAUUCCUGGACUACUGUCACUAGUAUGACCACCCCACGAUGCUAUGUAGGGGCCACAGUGCUUCGGGGGAGACUCUAUGCAAUUGCAGGAUACGAUGGGAAUUCCCUGCUGAGUAGCAUUGAAUGCUAUGACCCUAUCAUCGACAGCUGGGAAGUUGUAACAUCCAUGGGAACCCAGCGCUGUGAUGCCGGCGUGUGUGUUCUGCGAGAGAAGUGACCAUUGUUGGAGCAUCAGCCAGAGCUAGUGACCAGUCCAAGGGACUGUUUGGGGGAGAAUCAAGGAUCCUUUCCAGAAUGUCUAUUUCUCACAGGGUGAUUACAGGCACCAGUAUGAUGAUAAUUGUACUUAUUUGACACACACUCCUCCUUGCGAUGGUAGUUGUCCCUGAGUAGGGUGGGUAACAGACACUCGUGGACAGAGAAUGCACAUUGAAUGGAGGUGGGAGACCAUGAUCAUCUCAUCUCCAUGGUCUGAGGAGCACUUUGUUUUAUCAUGUGCUUGGGAGAAUAUAUAUAUAUGUAUAUAUAUGUGUGUGUGUGUGUGUGUUGUGCCUCAUGUAUUGCAGAGAACUAAGGUGUGUAUGGCCUACUAGAUGUUUGCAGUAUCCAGCCUAGAUGAUUGGAAGGAUACCAACUUGAGUAAGCUUGGUACACUCCAAGUCUUCCCCCCUCCCCCCACACCAAGGAACAAAUAUCUUUUUUAGUUUACAGGUAGCUAGGGAUAACACAGUCCCAUUCUGGAGGGGAAGAAAGGGGGAGGUCCUAUCAAAACUUUGGGUGUCAUGAGGAGAGAUUCAUGACACUCCCUCGGGAGACAGGGUUGGUAUCUGAGGUUAGAGGGAGUAAGUGAAGUCAACUGUGAGUGAACCUAGAACACCACUGAUGUAUAUCACCUGAGAGACUGAGAAGGGUGUGUUAUUUGAAGGAUCUUUUUAUUUCCCCAAGGUCUUUCCAAAGUAGGGUGUUACACAUCUUGGCACUGGAGACCAUCCGAGAGAAUAACAGAGUGAACACAUGUUGAGAUGAGAGGACAUGGCAUAAAUGUGAGAGUUCAGAAUGCCUGGGGAUAAACUAAAAGUACCUGUGCUUUUACAAUCGUCUUAAUCCCUGCCAGGCUCCAUCUAACCAUGGCAAGGUUUGCCUUGAAUGGGCGAGAGACUAUCUUUCUUUGCUGAGUCAAAUACUACUACACUAUUACACUUCCAUACUAUUUAUUUUGGGAUGGGGUGGUGGUGGCAGCAGCCUAGUAGUUCAGCUACCUGGCUAUUGCACGAGUCUUUUAAGGGCACACUUCUACGAAGGAGUGGUUUUUACUGCUGUGUUUGGUACGUUUAGUCCUUUUUCUCCUAUAAGCUUCCCUUACCUGUCCUUAGAGUGGAUUUUAUUCAUCCUGGUACAAUCAGUUAUUAUCCAGAAUAAUCAAGGAGAACCAAAAUUCUUUUGUUCCAAUACCUCUGAUGUCACCAUUUCUAAGAUACCAUUCAAGGCUCCUCUGUGUUGUGUAGUGAAAUUUUUGCUUUAUGGGUACUGAGUGUGUGAGAUAAUAACCUAAACAAGGAUGCACUUUCCCUUGCUCAUAAAUUCCAUUUUUUCCCCCUUUCUCUGAGUUGUAUUGACCCACAGAGUUAAUUUCCUUUGUAUUUUUUUAAGAAAAUAUUAAAAAUCACCUGUCUCAAAUGCCUAGGAGAGUUUGUGACUAACCAGCAUUGCCUUCAGCAGACAUUUGGGGCGGUGGUGGCAGAUAGGGAUCAGCUGUAGGUCCCAUCUCUUCACCUUUUCACCCUGUGUCUUUGCCUACUAGUUCUGUUUCUCUGUUAGACACAGAUAAGAGGUAGCUGCUUUACCAUCAUGGAGAUUCUCAUCAGUAAAAUGUUUACCUGAAUUUGCCAUUUUCAUUGGGCCCUUUCACACUUGGAGUUUACCUGAAAACGAAGGAGAGUAAAGAAGAGGCAAUCUUGAACUCAUUUAGCACCCCACUUGAAUUUUAGGAUUCCAGUCACCCUAGCCCUUUUUCUCUUUGCUUUGAUUUAUGGCAAGUGAUAUAAAUAGCUAUGCAGAAGUCCUGCAAAAACUUCAAAAAUCCUUAUAUUCCCAGAGAAAAGGGAAGGAGGA